GACCGGUCUGUAAUCGAUGGUCUGUAAUCGAUGGUCUGUAAUCAAUGGGGACAGGAGGUGGACCUGUUGGAUAUCGGGUUAAUCAGGGACACCCGCACGGGGAGUUACGCCAAGGUACCGAAGGAUGGGAAACUGCGGGAAGCUCUGGGAUUUGGGAAUCCGGACUCCCACCCGGAGAAUAACAGUGUGACCGUGGUGUCCGGCGCUGACCUCGUCAAUGUCACCUUCACCAACUUCAUGGCAGUUCAACAGAACACGGCGAAGGUCUGGACAGAGGAACUGUUUAAAUUAGCCACCAACAUUCUGGCCCACAAUGCAUCGCGGGAGACCCUGCUGCACAAAGUGUUCGUCAGGUUAAAGCUCCAGGUCAAUCAGGACGGACGCAUCCCGGUCAGGAAUGUUGUUAAACUAUUUUCCGCCGACAAGAAAAGGGCAGAGAACGCGCUCGACUCGUGUGGCCUCAACUUCAGCCGGCACGAGUCAAUCAAACCUGAAGACUUCACCCCCGAGAUCUUCCAUUUCUUCCUGAGCAAGAUGUGCCUGAGGCCGGACCUCGAUAAGAUCUUCGCCGAGCUAGGAGCGAAGGGGAAACCCUACCUUACCCUCGAGCAGAUGGUGGACUUCAUUAACCUGAGACAGAGGGACCCUCGCCUCAAUGAGGUUCUGUAUCCCCCCCUCAAAGCCCAGCACGUCCAACAGCUCAUCGCUAAGUAUGAACCCAACAAGAACUUCGCCAACAAAGGUCAGAUCUCCCUGGAUGGUUUCUCCCGUUACCUCAAUGGGGGAGAGAACAGUUUGGUUCCGCCAGAGAAGUUGGAUAUCAGCGAUGACAUGGCCCAACCUCUGAGUCAUUACUUCAUCAACUCGUCCCACAACACCUACCUGACCGCCGGACAGUUAGCCGGGAAUUCUUCGGUGGAGAUGUACCGGCAGGUGCUGCUGACCGGGUGUCGGUGCGUGGAGUUAGAUUGUUGGAAAGGACGGCCUCCCGAUGAGGAGCCCUUCAUCACCCACGGCUUCACCAUGACAACGGAGAUCCCCUUCAAGGAAGUGAUUGAGGCCAUCGCAGAAAGCGCCUUCAAAACCUCCUCCUAUCCCGUCAUCCUGUCCUUCGAGAACCACGUCGACUCCUCCAAGCAGCAAGCUAAAAUGGCGGAGUAUUGCCGGACCAUAUUUGGUGACGCCCUGGUCAUUGACCCCCUGGAGAAAUACCCGCUGUUGCCGGGGGUCCCUCUCCCCAGCCCCCAGGAACUGGAGGGGAAGAUUCUGAUUAAAAACAAGAAGAAACACUGUCACCGGUCGCAGGAGGGCAGCGUCAAACAGAGAGUGUCCGAACAAAUCUCCAACCCUUACAGCGAGGGCUCGAGUCUCAGUGAGGCCCUGUCCCCUGGGCCAGUGUCCCCUCCGAGUGAGGCUGCUGACUGUGGGUACGCUCUGGUGAACGGGGAGUGCGGUAUGUCCAAGCCUUUGGAUGAGGUGGUCAGGCUGCCGAGGAAGUCUAUUGACCGAGACGCAGAGAGCGAGGAGGAAGAGGAGGAGGAACAGGACUUAAAGAAGCAAUCCAGCUCAACUGACGAGGGCACUGCGGGGAGUGAGGUCAAUGCGACGGAGGAAAUGUCGAACUUGGUCAAUUAUGUGGAACCCGUCAAAUUCAAAUCGUUCGAGGUGGCUCUCAAGAGGAACAAAUAUUUCGAGAUGUCCUCGAUGGUGGAGACCAAAGGGAUGGAGCAGCUAACCAAAUCCCCCGUGGAGUUUGUAGAGUACAAUAAGAAACAGCUGAGCCGGAUUUACCCGAAGGGAACGCGGGUCGAUUCCUCCAACUACAUGCCCCAACUUUUCUGGAACACGGGCUGUCAGAUGGUGGCACUCAACUUCCAGACCCUCGACCUGCCGAUGCAGCUGAACAUGGGGAUGUUUGAUUAUAACGGGCGGAGUGGCUAUGUGCUGAAGCCGGAGUUUAUGAGACGUUCCGAUAAACACUUUGACCCUUUCACCGAGAAUAUUGUGGACGGGAUCGUGGCAAAUACCGUCUCCAUCAAGAUUAUCUCGGGCCAGUUCCUGUCCGAUAAGAAAGUAGGGAUUUACGUUGAGGUUGAUAUGUUUGGUCUCCCAGUCGAUACCAAACGGAAAUUCAAAACCAAGACUCUGGUGAAUUCCCUCAAUCCCGUCUGGGACGAUGACCCCUUCGUGUUCAGAAAGGUGGUCCUGCCCACUCUGGCCUUGUUGCGAGUUGCUGUGUUCGAGGAAGGAGGGAAGUUUCUAGGCCAUCGCGUCCUCCCAGUCUCGGCCAUUCGGCCCGGUUAUCACUACAUCUGCCUGAGGAAUGAGUUGAACCAGCCCCUCCAGCUGCCCUCGCUGUUUGUUCACACCGAGGUCAAGGAUUACGUCCCGGACACACACGCAGAUUAUAUUGAUGCCUUGUCCAAUCCUAUUAAACACGUCUGUCUGAUGCAGCAGCGAUCGAAGCAGUUGGUGUCUCUGACUGGAGAGGAUGAGCAGUGUGAGAGCCUGGUUCACCCUGAACCCCCGAAGCCCCAGACUGAGGGCCGGAAGAAAUCAGAUCAUUGCGCCAAGCCCUUGGCCCCCCGGCCUUCGCUGACCCCCUCCCUCGGGGAGCCGGCUCCAGGUAAUUCCCGGACACCGGAUGAUCUGAUCCCACGGAUCCUGUCCGAGGUCUCGGUGCAGUCCCUGGACGAGCUGAGGCAGCAGAAGGCCUAUGUGAAGCUGCAGAAGCGACAGCACAAGGAGCUGCGGGAGCUGCGCAGGAGACACCUGAAGAAACUCUCCGCCCUCAGCAAGGAGCUGGAGGGGAAAGCAGCCGAGUUAGAGAUGGACAGUCAUCGCCGCAAAUCACUGCUCGUUAAAGCGAUGAAAUCCAGUAGUAGGCGGUAG